AUGAAGUCCUCCUUCGCCGCGACCUUCGUGUUUGCUAGCAGCGUUGCUGCAUUCUGGCGCAUGCCAUGUCGCUCGCAGACCGGUUACGCUCGUAUCGACCCUCUCGUCAACCCCGGCAGCAUCUCUGACCAUGUGCACGCCAUCACUGGUGGUGGAAACUUUGGUGCCGACACCGACUUCAAGAAGCUCACUGCUUCUGACUCUUGCACUGCUUGCGCCGUCACGCAAGACCAUUCCGCCUACUGGACCCCAGCUGUCUACUUUCAAUACAAGAAUGGCACUACCGUCAUGGUUCCGCAAGUUGGCGGCAUGCUCGCCUACUACCUUUACUACCUCGACAACGUCAAAUCCUUCCCCGAAGGUUUCGCCAUGAUCGCCGGCAACCCAGACACCCGCAACUUCACUGGCCCAUUCCCAGACGCGCCUUUGAGUUCCUGGCCGACCGAUCCAACCGACCAGUUCUUCCUCCAACAACGCGCCCUCGGCUUCAACUGUCUCAACUACGCCAAGACACCAGAGGCAUCUCUCUACCGCCACACCUUCCCGCCAAAAGAGUACAUGGAUGCGAACUGCAAGGACGGUCUCCGUCUGGAGCUGGCCUUCCCCAGCUGCGGCAAAGAGGGCGUGCUCGACUCUCCCGACCACCGAUCCCACGUCCAGUACCCAAGCUUGGUCAAGGAGGGCAACUGCCCUGAAGGAUUUGACGUCCACUAUCCGUUCCUCUUCUUUGAGACCAUCUGGGCUACCAACCAGUUUUCUGGCGAGGAUGGCCAGUUCCUCUUGUCCACUGGUGACCCGGUCGGCACCAGCUACCACGGCGACUUCAUCAUGGGGUGGGAUUCCGCCGAAUUCCUCCAAAGUGCUCUCGAUACUUGCAAGAGCCCCUCUGGAGAAAUCGAGGCUUGCCCUCUGUUCAACAUCCAGGACGACGCGGAUGCGGCGCAGUGCACUUUCGAUAUGCCUGGUGAUCUCAAAGACGACGACUGCCAUGGCCCACGUGACGGUCUCCCUGUUGAUGUUCCAAUUCAGUACGGCCCAGAACCAGCCUCUCAGUACAAGAUUGCUGGCGCAAGCGGCGCAGCAACUACCUCCAUCCCGCACACCAGUGCUCCUCAAACUUACUCCCAGUCCGCUGUCUCUUACUCGCCAGCCGACGCAGCAAGCACCGCUUCUGCCCAGGGCGGCAUUGUCGUCGCCAUGGAAUCGGCGGCUGGCAGUGCUCAUGGCUAUGGCAAGGACACCGAGUACGGUGCUGCUCGCCCAUCUGUCACCUCUGCUCCAAGCUCUGCUUCAGCCAGCAAGGACUCCAACGCUGUCUCUACGACCACGAUCACCCGUGGCAACGAGGUCAUUGAGAUGGUUAUUGAGGAGACUGAGGUCACCGUCACCGCUCAGCCAACCGCAGGCUCGUACGAGAAACGCCACCUCGAGCACCACAAGCACCACCACCAUGCGCGCAACUGA